GCCGUACUUCAAUCUUUCAGUUUAGGUAAACAGGCGUGGUAAGCGUUUGGUUCGCCUGGAGCAAGGCAGUUCCAAGUCAUGCGAACUCCACAAUCUCAAACAUUUAGAUCUAUCCAAAUCUGUACUCGUAAGCCCUCAAUCAAAAACUGUUCAAAAGUGCUAAAAACAACAGCGCAACAAUUUCUGAUUCUAGAGUGCGGAAUACGAAGAUAUCUCUCCAACAAUGACCACACAAAUCCUCAGCACCACUCCCUACCCCUUCCCACACACAUCCUCCCUCCAUCCCAGCACAACCGCCCUGGUCCUCAUAGACAUGCAGCGCGACUUUCUGCAUCCAGGUGGCUACCUCGCUUCAUCCGGUUAUUCUAUCACGCGCUUCAGCGAUUUAAUCCCGCGCUUGGCCUCGCUCCUAUCCACCUUCCGGAAAGCGGGCUUCCAUGUGGUGCACACGCGCGAAGGACACGAGGGUCAUCUAGCGACGGUGAGCAGCAGAGAGGCGCAUAGGAGUGCGGUCAAUGGGGCGCAGAUUGGGAGUCGAGGGCCGCUGGGGCGGCUGUUGGUCAGAGGCGAGGAGGGUCAUGAUAUUAUAGCCGAGUUGAAGCCGGUAGAGGGGGAGUUGGUGAUCGACAAGCCCGGCCGUGGUGCCUUUGUGCACACCGAGUUGGAUCUUGCGCUGAGGGUAAAGGGUGUGAAGAAUCUGGUGGUCUGUGGCGUCACGGCAGAUGCAUGUGUAAGUAGUACGGUGAGGGAGGCGAGCGACAGGGGAUAUGACGUCUUGGUCGUCGAAGAUGGGGUCGAAAGUGUCAAUGAAGAGCUGAAAAAGUGGAGUCUGGAGAGUAUCAGGGUAGAGGGUGGGCUGUUUGGGGUAACGGGGAUAUGCAAGGCCGUUGAAGAAGCCGUGGCAAGUUGGGUGGAGGACGCUGCGCAACAUAGCACGGUAACUGAAUGACGAGACGAAACAUCACGAUUUCGCGAUAUGGAGUGCAUUGAACGUGUUUGCAUUGGCUUUGACUAGCCAAAAUGAAGACGGAAGCUUCAUAUAUUGAUCAUUCCCAUACCACCCAUGAUUUUAACGCCGUUGAGACUAAUAGCCGUGACCAGAUCAUAUCCAUAAACAAUGUGUGACGAGAAAUUUAACCACCGAAACCGUAGAGGGUACGGCCCUGGCGCUUAAGAGCGUAGACAACGUCGAGCGAG